GAACAAUCUGAGGUCCUUCAACUGUUCCAUGGGUGCACGGGCAUUCUCCCAUGACAGUAUUUUUAUCCCUGAUGGGGGAGCAGAAAGUCAGCAGACAGUUCAAGCAAUGUCACAGGACAACAUCCUGGGCAAAGUCAAAACUCUUCAGCGACAGUUGGGCAAGAAUAUCAAGUUUGGGCAGCGGCCAUCUAACACCAUUCCCAUGAAGAAGGCAGGCAGUGCAGAUGCUAGCUCAGAGGAGGACUUCGUCCUCACCAGUCCCAUGGAAAUUGUGACCCAGCAGGAUAUUGUCCUCUCAGACACGGAGAACAAAUCCAGUGAUACACCAAGUUCCUCAAGUCCUCUGAAUCUACCUGAAGCCGGAAGUGACAUGGAAGAGAAGAUUGCUCCAGUUAAGCCCUCUCGGCCAAAAAGGCACUUGCCUUCCGCUGGUACCAUUGAAAGUGUCAACCUGGAUGCCAUCCCCCUGGCCAUCGCUCGUCUAGACAACAGUGCUGCCAAGCACAAACUCGCUGUAAAGCCAAAAAACCAGAGGGUGUCAAGGAAGCACAGGUGGCUUGUCCAGGACCGAAAGAAUGAAUCAGGCAGCUUUGAGAGUCAGUCCUCCUUGGACCAGAACGGGCAGCGAGGAGAAGACAAGCACGUUUGGCACGGAGAGGAAGCAGAGCCUUUGGAGUCCCGAGAAGAGAAAAGACUGCAGGAAGAGUAUUGGCGGGAACUCGAAGCCAAGUGCAAACAACAAAAAGCCGAAGCUGCUGAGAAGAAGCGCCAGGAAGAGCAGAGGCGGCAGGCGCUGGAGAGGAGGCUUUGGGAGGAGAGCCUCAGACAGGAGAUGCUAGAGGAGGUGGAGGAGGAGGGCGAAGAGGUGGGCCUGCAGCUACAGGCAGGGAAGGCACCUCCAGAGGAAGGGCUGCAGUCUGGUCUGGAGCAACAUCGCUGUGCAGAGCAAGAGCUGGAGGAAGCCGACGACCCCGCCCGCCUGGAGGCAGAAAAGCGUAGACAUGAGCAGGAAGAGGCCGAGAGGCAGGCGGAGAAACUGAGGCAGCGCGAGAUCGAGAAGCAAGAGGCGGAACUGAGGCAGCUCGAGGCUGAGAGGCAGGAGGAGGAACUGAGGCAGCUCGAGGCCGAGAGGCAAGAAGAGAAACUGAGGCAGCUCGAGGCCGAGAGGCAAGAGGAGGAAGUAAGGCAACGCGAGGCUGAGAGGCAGGAGGAGGAACUGAGGCAGCGGGAAGCUAAAAGGCAAGAGGAAGAACUAAGGCAACGCGAGGAGGCUGAGAGGCAGGAGAAACUGAGGCAGCGCGAAGCCCAGAGGCAAGAAGAGGAACUAAAGCAGCACGAGGCUGAGAGGCAAGAGAAACUGAGGCAGCGUGAGGCUGAAAGCACCGAGGAGGAACUGAGGCUGCCGGAGGCUGAGAGGCAGCCCGUUCAGGAGGAGGAAGCCAAGAGGAUGCUGCAGAAGGAGGAGGAGGCCAAACGCGUGGAAGAGCUGAACGGUCGGGAAAAGGAGGCGCCUGAGCGGCUGGUGGAAGAAGGACCGCCGAGUCCAGAAGGAGAGAGCCAGCGCUGGCUAACGGACGAUGCUGUCCAGCAAAGCCCACUGCAGCGGGACCUUGAGAAGCCAGGGGGACGAGAAGAUCUGGAAUCCACAGAGCAGAGAGAGAUCGCCAAGGAGCAGAGAGGAGGGAUCGAGCCGGCAGAGCAGAGCGGAGACUUGAGCGUGCGCUGCGGUGGUGUAGACGUGGAAGGGAAAGAAGCCUCUCAGGUAGACAAUCUCCAGCCUCAAGAGAGACUGAUGGAAGGAACGCCGGCCCCGGGGGAGAAGGAAGCCACUGCCGCAGACAUCGAUCGAAAGGUGGAGGAGCUCCGAUGGCAGGAGGUGGACGAGCGGCAGACCAUGCCCCGGCCCUACACGUUCCAGGUAUCCUCCGGGAGUAGGCAAAUUCUCUUCUCCAAAGUCAACCUGAGCCCGGUGACACCAGCCAAGGACGCGAGCCUGGCCCCAGCGGCCCAGGAACCGUCCGCGCCCCGCGGUGCCGCCUCGCACGCCCUGCCCUCGGCGCUGAGCAUCCCACACACGGCCAUUCUGGUGACCGGAGCACAGCUCUGCGGCCCGGCAGUCAACCUGAGCCAGAUCAAGGACACCGCGUGCAAGUCUCUCCUGGGCCUGUCGGAUGAAAAGCGCCCGGUGGACGUUCCCACGGUGGAGCCCAGGGCUGGCGGCGGGAAGUCCAGGCCUGCUCCAGAGUCACCGAGCAAUGCAGCGGCGCUAGCCGAGUGGGCUUCCAUUCGAUCCAGAAUCCUGAAGAACUCCGAGGGUGACCAGCGUGGCGACAGAGAGCCGGCCAGAGCCGGGGACGAGCCAAUGCCUCGAGCACGGUGCGAUUCCCGAGGGAACGUGCGCAGGACGCCGCCAGUCAACGCCAAGUUCUCCAUCAUGCCUGCCUGGCAGAAGUUCUCGGACGGCACAGAGAUCUUCAAACAGAGCCUGGACGGUGAGAGCAUAAAGAAAAAGCUGGGGCUAGUGCCCAGUGAAGAGACCGCACCCCAGCCUCUGCCUGCAGCGGCUCAGCAAGAAGUAAGCCAGGAACCACCAGACACCACUGACGGAUGCAAAUUUGCCAAAGACCUUCCAUCUUUCCUCGUUCCAAGCCUGCCUUCUCCGCAGAAAGCUGCGUCCCGCACAGAGUCCACGACCACUUUGGACGGCGAGACCACGAGUGACGUAGGAAACCCAGACCCUGCAAUUCCUGGAAGCGAGGAAAAGGCCUCGCCCUUUGGGAUAAAAUUGAGAAGGACCAACUAUUCCUUGCGCUUCCACUGUGACCAACAGGCGGAACAGAAGAAGAAAAAGAGGCACAGCAGCACUGGAGACAGUGUGGAUGGGGCCACUCCCGCAACUGGGAGCGCCCCUGGAGAGAGAGAGCCUGAAGCCACAUUAUUCAAGCACGGCUCAUCCCUUCCCCAGGAGAGAAAGCCAGCCCUACCCCCUCGGAAGGACUCUGCUGAAAGCCAUUCUAGCGGUCACUAUGUUGCUGUAGCCCAGUCUGGACUCCCACCAGCCAGUGGCCAGACCCCAGCUCCAGAACAAGACAAGGCAGCAAGCAAAAUGCCAUCCAUUCAGAAGCCGGCCCUGGCUCCCAAGCCUGCUAGCCAGACCCCACCUUCAUCCCCACUCUCCAAACUGAGCAGACCCCACAUAGUAGAGCUGCUCGCUAGACGAGCUGGCAAGCUCGACUCUGAGCCCAGUGAGGCUGCCAAGGAGAACCAGGAGAGCAGUGAUAACCAGCCACUCUCACCAUCACUGUCGGAGGAGCCGAAGGGGCAGAAGAGGGAUGAGAAAGAUGUGCCAGAAAAGAAGCCAGCUUCCCCGCCUCUGCCAGCCAGCCAGCAAGAGAGACCUUCCCUAACUCCUGAAACAGAGAAGCCCGUGCUUCAGAGCAGGCACUCUGUAGAUGGCUCCAAGUUGACAGAGAAAAUUGAAACUGCUCAGCCACUGUGGAUAACAUUGGCACUACAGAAGCAAAAGGGAUUUCGUGAGCAGCAAGCAACUCGGGAGGAGAGGAAGCAAGCCCGGGAGGCCAAACAAGCAGAAAAGCUCUCCAAAGAAACCGUCAGUGUCGGCCUACAGCCUGGAAGCAGUCGGGUAAGCAAAGCUGGUUCCGUGCACAAGCCUGCUGCUCCAUCUGAAGAGAAAAAGCCAGAAACGGCAGUGUCCAGGCUCCAGCGCAGAGAACAGCUGAAAAAGUCCAACACUCUUCCCACGUCUGUGACAGUGGAGAUCUCAGACUCUGCGCCCUCAGCACCGCUGGUAAAAGAGGUCACCAAGAGGUUCUCCACCCCAGACGCUGCCCCCGUGUCCACAGAACCUGCCUGGCUGGCUUUGGCCAAAAGAAAAGCAAAGGCCUGGAGUGACUGUCCACAAAUUAUUAAGUAAACAGUGACUUUUAUCCAUUUCUGUGGCCAGUUGCUGGCUCUUCUCUUGCCCUUUUUAUUUAUUUAUUUUUUUAUAUGAGGUAAGGGAACCAGGCUAGGGGAAAGCAGCAUGUUUUAUAGGCUCUAAGAUAAUGUUUAGACACGGAACUGGUGGUAUUCAUUGUAAAGAGUGUAUUUGCACAACCUGGGUCCUGGUGCCUUGAGCUCCCCCUAGUUCUCAAGAGACAGUUUUGUCUGAGGGACCAUGUGAUGCAAAGUCUCCAAGCGAGAGCUCCUCAGGAGAGCCGCCGUGCCCACCCAUGGCCUUCACAUAUGCACACCACGCACCAUUUCAGAACAUGUCCUUUUGCCAAUCUUUGUAAGGUUUUUUUUUUUUUUUUUUUUUUUUUGAUUCUCUACUCUUCUAUCCAAAACAUUGACCCUACUGUGUUUGCAUAUGUAACAGUGACAGGUUCACAUGUACAUUAAACAUGGUGUCACUCUCCUGAAUGCAGGGACUGGAAAAUAAGGAAAAGCUGGCUCCCAACUCUGUGCCUAUGUCUGGUUUUCAUGAAUUCUCCCCACCCUAAAAACCAUAACGUAGCAAAUCCAUUCACACUCUUACUACCCUCCAGCUGUGGUGUGCCCUGUCGUACCAGUACCCUUAAAGACACACGGACCAUUUGGCCUAGCUGGCUCCUAAGGAACAUUUGUAUUUAACCUGGUGAAAAAGGAAAUUCUGUGUCAGACUUGUCUCUGAGAAUCCCCACACAGUACAGUGGCUCGUCUGCAGCUCAGACUGUGUUCCCAGACUCUGGGAAUGGAGGGCUUAGAACAUACAUUUUAGGGAAGACUCUUCAGAUGAAUUCCAUUCAUCUGAAGAACCUUGGGGUAGACUGGUGUCAUCAAGCUUUUCACACUAUGAAGAGAACCCCAAGAUGCAAAAUCGAGACAAGAAAAUAAAAUGUCUCCCACACCAGCUAUGUCUGUCCGAUGGUUUAGGUGGCUGGUGUUCCAUGCCCCUCAAGUUUUCCCGUGGCCUUUAGGGAAAAUGAGCAAGCCAAGAUGUGUAACCUUUCUGUACUAAGGACUUCCAGCAGAGAACUUCUUUUUUUCUUUACUGUACUUGAAUAAUUCAGAGUCGAAUGUUCCAAAGCAUUUACAAUUUAGAGCAUUCACCUUGAUACCUUUAAACAAAAAAAAAAAAAGCAUCUCAGAGUUUUACGUGGCCUUGUUAUCAUACACACGUGCAUACAAAGAAGGGACUUGGCAGUUUCAAAGCCACAUGCAUUUAUUUCUCUAGCUUUGCUUUACACGACACUAGACAUACCAGCAAAUGCCCACACAUCGCUGGCACUAGCUUUGUAUUUCAUGCUGUUGGCAUAUUUUCCUUUUUGUAGAUUCUUACUCUAAAAUGUAGGUGCGGAUUCUUUGCCCAGUGCAAGGGGGAUUACACCCUUCUUCCUCCUACACUAACAUGUCUUACAGCAUCCAUUACUACUUCUCCUUUACGCUGACUCAAUAUGCAAUGUGCUGUUCUUCUGUCUACCCCUACAGGAUGACAGGGAUGCUGUUUGCCAUAUAGAAACAAUCCAUUUUCUCUCUAGAAACAAUAGCUCAGCUUCAUGAAGCAGCUGGCAUGUGUGGUCAGGUGGAUAGCUGUACUAUUGCAAGUUGGAUUUAGUAUUAUAUAUACUGGACCUUCAGACUGUUAAGAAUCAAUGUAACUUUUUUUUUUACUGUUAUUGUAAGCAACUAAUAUUCCACUGCACGUUUCCCAAACUGGUGUUCAUUCCUAAAUUUUAUGUGUAGACAAUUGUUCCUUUAAUUAUUUCCUCACUGAUAUAACACUUUUGAGUGGGAAUCUUUCCACCAAAGCCCUAGAAUGAUAGUGCUACAGUGAUUCUUCCAAUUGACUUCUUCCUUCCUGCCAACUUUGGCCAGUACCACAGUCAUGGCAGGAAACAGGUACAGAAAUAAGACGACUAAGAAAUAAGAGAGCUGGCGUGGUGGUGCAUUGCCUUUUAUCCUAGCACUUGGGACGCAGAAGCAAGUUGCUCUCUAUGUGUUCGAGGCCAGUCUGGUCUACGUAAUGAGCUCCAGGCCAGCCAAGGCUACAUAACGAAGACCCGGUCUCAAAACAAAGAAGAGUAGAUUCGUUCAUUUUGACUCAAUACCACAAGCCCAUACACAGCACAAGAAACAGCUUAGUUAAAGAUGCCCCACUGAUAUCUUGGAAAGAAGGAUCUACUGAGGAAAAGGCAGUCGUCAUACUUGCUGAGAACAUGUUUAACAUUUCAUUAAAAUCACUCCAAGCCUGCACUAAAUACCAAUCAAGUGUUACUCUGCUUAUUUCUGUGUUGCGCUCUUCUGAGCAACAAACUAAGGGGAAAUUCUGUGAAAACAAACAAUUCUUUUCCUUUUUUUAAAAAAUGAAUGACUGCUGUAUUAAAUAUACGAAUAUACAAGCUUUUUUUUUUUAAUUUAAACACACUUCUGGCAAGAUUAUAGAUGAUUAACCUCUGUUCAUAGACUUAUAUAUGGAAGUAGAGUUUUUUGUUUACUUUGAAAAUGUUUCAAGUGCAAUUGUUUCUUAUAAAACAUGGUUGAUUACCAUUAAAUUCUCGUUUUAGCUGGUUAUCUGCAAAUCUAGAGUGUGUCCCCACCGUCUCUUCCCGUGAUGUUUAGUUGGCUCAUUUCCAAGCAGCAACAUUAGCUACAAGUGUCUUGCAAUAUUUUUACCAACAAUAAAACUAAGUAGAUAAUUAAUAAAAAAUUCCUUAGUCUGAUUUUAAUAUUAUUUUGAGAUUUUGGGUUGAGUACGGUUUGAAAUAUAAAGAUGCCCAUUAUUUAAAGGAUAAGACCUCUCAAUAAAAUACUGACAAGCUCUUUGG